CGUUUGCGCACAUCAAGCUGUGCGGGUUUUUUGACACACAUUUCGAAGGGUCGGGUUAAGUGUGCAAUUUACUGUUUGCACCUGGCCGACAUCACGCAACGCCUGAAAUCGUUCAAAUGCAAAUUUCCCUCUUAUCGGCGUACCCAUUAGCUCCACUGAACUUCUGCUCUGCAGCUGUAUUGAUCGCUCCGAUCUAGCAUUGACACAAUUUCUAGGCAAUUGCACUUCUCGGCCAGGCUGCCGCCCUCGGCCAGCCCCAACUAAUGUAAGACAAUAAACAUUUUCCGAACCAUUUGGGCCAGUACAGCGGUAGGGGCUUCGGAGCAAUUCACUGUUGGCAAACAGCAGGAACAUCACUCUGUUUGGACAAUUGUGCCCGAGAACACGGUCCCGGAAAACCCCUGUACUCGCAUCUUUGGAAACCAUGAACUGGCAACGCAGCGAGUUCCGCGGACUGAUCUGCGUGUUGGCGGCGCUGGGAGUGCCGUCCCAGGCGCAGCUCGUCCCCUGGUCUGGCUCCCUGCAGGCUCCUUAUCCGGGUGCAGUGCCGCGACUGGUGCUCUACAACCCCUCCAGUGGCCAGCAGCUUGAGCCGCUGCGCUUCUUGGCUCCCUUGCGGGGCCCUAGGCAACUGCCAGUGAACGGGAACAUCGUGGAGCUUCCGCAGUUGUGGCAGCCCUGCUCUUGCGCCGAGCACGCCUGCCGAUGUUGCCUGGGCUUGGCCCUUGGAUUCGGCGAGUCCCCCAAGCAGCGGCUGUGUGCCUCCCUCGAGUACAGCAAGGCGGACCUGGGUCUGCGGCUGAGCGUGGAGGUGAACCAGCGCACUGUGGCCAACUUUGGGUUCUCGGCCCGCAAUCCUCCCGACUACUGUGUACCGCUCCUCCUGCCUUUGCCGCUCUUCAGCUGCCUGCGGCUGCACGACAUCAGGGCCUUCGGAGAGGGCAAUAUGCAGGUCUGUCUAUCGGUGGUUUUUAAGAUUUUGGCCAGCCAAUUCUUUGAGUACCGGCUCAACUGCCUUCGCUUUGGCGCCAACGGUGUCUUUUUCAUGCGCGACGCUUUGAAGGAUCAGGAAACGCCUGAGCUGGUGUUAUAGACCGGUGCGGUGCAGGAGCAGUAAUAUUAUACUUUCCCUCACUUUUUUCCUUGCUCACGCUCGCUUGUAUCAUUAGUCCUCUGACAUAUUAUAAUGGGAUAAAGACACAUACAUUUAUUUUCACAACAACAAUAUUCGUUCAUUAAAAAUGUAGGGUAUCACAAA